AUGAAGCGACAUGGACAAGAACUCUCAAUUAGACAACCUGAAGCGACAAGUUUGUCCAGAGCUACAAGUUUCAACAAGCAUAAUGUAGAGUUAUUUUUCUCCAAGCUUUCUUCUCUCAUGGAUAAGUAUAAAUUUGAACCUCAAGACAUAUGGAAUGCUGAUGAAAGUGGAGUGACAACUGUUCAGAAACCUCGUGCAGUGGUAGCAGUUAAGGGCACAAAGCAAGUUGGCUCUCUUACCUCAGCUGAGAGAGGACAACUUGUUACAUUUUGUGUUGCUGUCAGUGCCAUUGGAGGGUCUGUUCCUCCCAUGUUGAUAUUUCCACGGAAAAACUACCAUGAUAAUUUCAUAAGGGAUGGCCCAGAAGGAUCAAUUGGAGCCUGUCACCCUUCUGGAUGGAUGACACAGGAUAACUUCUUACUGUUUAUGAAGCAUUUCAUUAAGCAUACAAAAGCAACUGUCGAGAAACCUAUCUUGCUGUUGCUAGAUAAUCACCAAUCUCAUGUUAACUACGAUGUUAUCACAUUAUGCAAGGAAAAUGGAGUGGUUUUGCUGUCAUUUCCUCCACACUGCUCCCACAAGUUGCAGCCCUUAGAUAGGUCAGUUUAUGGACCUUUCAAGCGUUACCUGAGUUCAGCUCAGAAUGACUGGUUACGGAGUAAUCCUGGAAAAAGAAUGACCAUUUACGACAUUCCUUCUCAAGUAAAAAAAGCUUUUCUGAGAGCUUCAACUCCCAUUAACAUCACGAAUGGCUUUAAAGUCAGCGGCAUCAGUCCUUUGAAUACAAAUAUCUUUGAUGACUGGGAGUUUGCUCCCUCUUCAGCACCAGGCCCCGGGAGAAAUGGAUUCAAUGUAGUACAUGCAGAGGAUGGUCUCAUGAGGAAUGUUUGGGAACAGAUGGAGAUGGGCGGCGAUUACAGUUACGACAACGGUCUGCUGUGUGCUGGAGAAGAGAGCCGGGGAUCCCGAGCAACUAGAGCUGUGUUAAGCGCGGCGCAGCCUGGAAUAGUAAUCGAGUUUAUGAUAGUGGUGAGAGGGCAUCGUGCAGGUGUACAGGUGUGCCACGUGGGCCAAAGCAGCUGGCAGCUGGAGCUGUGUUAA